CUCAUAAUGUCAGAAAACCAAGCGUAUGAAUAUUUUAAUCGUAGGCACUCUGAGUGGAACAUUCUGGGAUUUUUAAACUAUUGUGAUGUGGAGCCAUUCGAUAUCAAGAUAGACUAUUAUUUAAAAUGCCUAGAGACAAUGGUUAAUCGUGAACAAGGUGAAAAAAAUGGCGAUCCUCGACCUGAUCGUUUAACGGCGAGACAAUGGGAACAAGAGCGCUCACGAAAGCAAAUUCAUGUUCAUCAACCGAUAUACGGAAAUUUCAACACUGGAACUAUUUAUGGAGGGACAAUCAACACCAAAACUUUCAGUGCGAAUACAAAUAUACUCAGAGAAGAACAAGGAGAGGACAAUUGUGGAGGUCAAACUCAAAGACGGGCAAAAAAGAGAAUAUCAUAUUUUGAAUCAGAAACCGAUGACGAAGAAUUUGAGGAAGAGU